GCUGUCACGAGCGAGAGACGAUCACACCAACCAGCUGUGGCCCGCGUUAGGAGGAGCUACAUCAUCCCCAUCUACGUCGCUAUCUCCACCUCAACCUCCGCCACUGUACCUGGACCGUGUGACGUCGACAGCUGGGACCACCCGAGAAGGCCCACUAAUACCAGCAGCCUCCUCCACCGCCGCGGCUGCACGAAUAGCUCUUCAACUGGACGUUGUAGCUCAAGCCUCUGUUCAACCUCUCCCAUCCUCCUCUCCUUCCAAGACACCACGACUCCCUCCAUCCUCCCACCCACUACCAACCUCGAGCUCCCUCCCGCCGACCCCCCAGCUCGUGUUGCCGAUCGAGAAUCAAGAACCUAAUCCGACUUCCAUCAAAACGCCCGCUAUGGCUCCGAAAGCGAACGACGAGCAAGAUGGCCUGAACACGGGCAAAAUCUAUUCCAUCUCCGGCCCCGUCAUUGUCGCCGAGGAGAUGGCCGGUGUUGCCAUGUACGAGCUGGUCAGAGUAGGACAUGAUCAGCUCGUCGGCGAAGUGAUUCGAAUCAGCGCCGAUCAAGCUACUAUCCAGGUGUAUGAGGAAACCGCUGGCGUCACGGUUGGCGAUCCCGUCACUCGAACCGGAAAGCCCCUGUCGGUCGAGCUGGGUCCCGGGUUGCUCAAUAACAUCUACGACGGUAUCCAACGGCCUCUCGCGGACAUCAGCGCCAUCUCCAAGUCGAUCUACAUCCCUCGAGGUAUCGCGGUGCCUGCGCUGGACCGCACCAAGAAGUGGGACUUCACGCCGACGAUGAAGGUGGGCGAUCACAUCACGGGCGGUGACGUCUGGGGUACGGUGGUUGAGAACUCGUUCAUCUCUACGCACAGGAUCCUGUUCCCGCCGCGGGCCCGCGGCGUCGUCACCAGGAUCGCGCCCAAGGGCAGCUACGCUGUCGACGAGAAGCUCCUCGAGGUGGAAUUCGACGGCAAGAAGACCGAGUACCCGAUGAUGCAGUCAUGGCCCGUGCGGGUGCCCCGCCCCACUACCGAGAAGCUCUCUGCCGACCAGCCGUUCAUCGUCGGGCAGAGGGUGCUGGACGCCUUGUUCCCCAGUGUGCAGGGCGGUACGGUCGCCAUCCCCGGCGCGUUCGGGUGCGGCAAGACGGUCAUCUCGCAGUCGGUGUCCAAGUUCUCCAACUCGGACGUGAUCGUGUACGUCGGGUGCGGCGAACGCGGCAACGAGAUGGCCGAGGUGUUGAAGGACUUCCCCGAGCUCACGAUCGACGUCGACGGGCGUAAGGAGCCGAUCAUGAAGCGGACCACGCUCAUUGCCAACACGUCCAACAUGCCGGUGGCGGCGCGCGAGGCGUCGAUCUACACGGGCAUCACGGUGGCCGAGUACUUCCGCGACCAGGGCAUGAACGUGGCCAUGAUGGCGGACUCGUCGUCGCGGUGGGCCGAGGCGCUGCGUGAGAUUUCCGGUCGUCUCGGAGAGAUGCCGGCCGACCAGGGCUUCCCGGCCUACCUGUCGGCCAAGCUGGCCAGCUUCUACGAGCGCGCGGGCCGGGUGCAGCCGCUCGGAUCGCCGGAGCGGCUGGGCAGCGUCAGCAUCGUGGGCGCGGUCAGCCCGCCGGGCGGCGACUUCUCGGACCCGGUGACGAGCUCGACGCUGGGCAUCGUGCAGGUGUUCUGGGGCCUGGACAAGAAGUUGGCGCAGCGGAAGCACUUCCCGUCGAUCAACACGUCGCUGAGCUACAGCAAGUACACCAACGUGCUGGACAAGUGGUACGAGAAGGAGUUGCCGGAGUUCCCGCGGCUGCGCGACCAGAUCAAGAAGCUCCUGUCCAACUCGGAGGAGCUGGACCAGGUGGUGCAGCUGGUGGGCAAGAGCGCGCUGUCGGACCCGGACAAGAUCACGCUGGACAUUGCGACGCUGCUGAAGGAGGACUUUUUGCAGCAGAACGGGUACUCGGACUACGACCAGUUCUGCCCGCUGUGGAAGACGGAGUGGAUGAUGAAGCUGAUGAUGGGCUUCCACGACGAGGCGCAAAAGGCGAUCGCGCAGGGCCAGAGCUGGAGCAAGGUGCGCGAGGCGACGAGCGAGCUGCAGGCCAAACUGCGUCAGCUCAAGUUUGAGCUGCCCUCGGAUGGCAAGGACGAGGUGACGAAGAAGUACGAAGCUAUUCAGCAAGAGAUGUUGGAUAAAUUCGCUUCUGUGAUGGACGAGUAGAUUCGGUCUGACGCUUGCCCCGGGGGGUCCCACGUCCAGCCGAAAUGGUUGACCCUUCUUAAGAAGUCUUUGCAUUGCACGGGUAUUUGCCUCGGAACAUGGAUCCGCAUCUCGGUGUGGGAUGGACGGUGGAUUUACUUAGAACGCACGCGGCGGAUGAAGGAAAGGGGGAAAACCUCCGUUGGAGGGAAAGUUAAUCAAGUUGAUCUUUUUACUUUUCUUUUCUCGGUUCCUAUACUAUGAGGAGUAGGUUGAAUUAUUGAAAUCAUUGAAUCACUGCAUCCAUGUCUAGUACUGGCUCUGAACUUCUGAUGACAUGUCUUUGGGGUUCUGUGAGAUGGCAUCAUGGGUGUGGUUAUAGGCCAGGGUUACGUGACUUAAGACAAGAUGGAGGCUCGACUCACGUGGGAGAAAAAAGGUACCUAGG